AUGCCGGGGCGUUAUCCCGACGGCGCCGGUCGGUUGAUUUUCCAGGGGGUUUAUUCCUCCUGGGAGCUGCUGGGUGCAGAGUUUGGCCCCGCAGCUGUCGCCCCGGCUCUGGCAAGCCUGAAAAAAAAGGGGCUUUUCCUGCAAAAGUUCGGCACGGACUGGGACAUCUACCUGACCAAAGCGGAUGGCACCUACAUCACGGUGUUUGUCGGAAAGAACAAGCCGCAGAAAGAUCCACUGCGCUGCUUCCGCUGGCAGGGCUUCAAGCUGGAAGAAUAUCUCAUCGGCCAACCCAUCGGGAAGGGCUGCAGCGCGGCUGUGGGCGUGCGGAGAGCAGCCGCCUCGCAGGGCAGGGCCCAGCCGUGCCGCCGCGGGACCGUGGCUCGGCGUCAGAAACGCCGACCGAAAGAGGCUUUUCCGUUAGCUAUCAAAAUGAUGUGGAACAUUUCGGCUGGUUCGUCAAGCGAAGCCAUCCUCGACGCUAUGGGCCGAGAGCUUGUUCCAGCCACGGGGGUCGCCUUAGCCGGAGAAUACGGAGCCGUCUCUGGCCGCAGAAAACCUGUGCUUGGCAGGAAGAAGUUGCAGCCUCAUCCGAAUAUAAUCCAGGUGAUCCGAGCGUUCACAUCGUCUGUCCCUUUGCUGCCCGGAGCCUUCACAGACUAUCCCGAUGUUCUUCCGCUAAGCCUGAAUCCCAGCGGGAUCGGUCACAGCCGCACGCUCUUCUUGGUGAUGAAGAAUUACCCGUGCACCCUGCGCCAGUAUCUGAGGGAGAGCUGUCCGGACGUUCAUCUUGCCACGAUGAUGAUUUUGCAGCUCCUGGAAGGCGUGGACCAUCUCGUUCGACACGGAGUAGCACACAGAGACCUGAAGUCUGACAACAUCCUGGUUGAAUUUGAUUCCGCUGGCUGCCCCUGGCUGGUGAUCACGGACUUUGGCUGCUGUUUGGCGGAUGAAAACAUCGGCCUGAGACUGCCUUUCACCAGCUCGUACGUGGAUCGGGGCGGCAACGGCUGUCUCAUGGCACCCGAGGUCAUCACAGCGUCCCCUGGUCCGGGCGCGGUGAUCAACUACAGUAAAGCCGACGCUUGGGCUGUCGGAGCGAUCGCUUACGAAAUCCUCGGCCUGGCCAAUCCUUUCUACGGCCCCGGGGACUCGGCUCUGCAAAGCAGAAGCUACCGUGAAGACCAGCUGCCGAGCCUGCCCGAGCACGUGCCCCUUGCGGUGAAGGAAGUGAUAAAGCUGCUGCUUCAGAGGGAUCCCAACAAGAGAUUGUCGGCGAGAGUUGCUGCUAACGUGCUUCACCUCAGCCUCUGGGGUGAGAGCGUUCUAGCGUCCGAGACCCUGAAACCCGACCAGAUGAUCGCCUGGCUCCUCUGCCAGUCUGCGGCCGCGUUGCUCACGGACGGACUGGUGGAUAAAAGCCGGGUGGAAACCAAACUGAAGAUGUGCUUUUUGGCAAACCUGGAGUACGAAGACCUCUGGGCAGCGGUAUUCCUGUUGCUGGCCUGGAGAAGCCGUUCUGGGUGA